GUUUGUGGUGGGGCUCACAGGGCGCAGGACCAGGCUGUGAACUCUGCCGUCCCUUCAGUACUACUGAUGCAGCGGAGCGGAGAAGCAGCGGCGUUUGUCGUGAUGCACUGACACCCAGACAGCAAGCAGACAUGUCGCUUACACUGCGAGUCAAAUACUUCCAGCUCUCCGUCAAAUGCAAGGGCGAAAAAAUCACCAAGGUGGACUUCAGGGGUGUGUCGCAUUACUCACGUGUCCUCGAGGAUCCUGGAGAUCUUAUUGACGUGGACCAGAGGUUCGAGUGGCCGGUGGCUCGCCCCGUGGAGAGUCAUGAGGUGCUGCAGAUCCAGCUGCUGGCCUACAAUCGCUACUUCAGCAACAAGGUGCUCGGCACUUACGGACUGGUGCUACAGAAGUUGGUGCAAGACGGACACCUCAUGGUGACAGACACACUGCUCGACCUCAACAACAAGCCGUUACCGGCUAAGGUAGCUUUCGAAGUGUGGUACAGGGUCCCUGACGGCUCCGCGGGCUUCUGGCCGGAAACCGACGCCUACGAUGCCCUGGACGACGACCAGCAGAUGCUGAUCGACAUCGAGCAGAACAUCGCCAAUCUGGAGCGCAGUUUCACACAAGGACGGCGUGGCAGCUGGCAGUCGGCUGAGGGUGAUAAGGCCACCACUGCUUCUGCUUCGCUCCUCAAGCGCGUGGGAUCUCUAAGUGCUGCAGACAAAUCGCCGGCACCGGAGAGGAAGCGAAGUUCGACCCUUAAGAGCAUGAAGAGUCUCAUGAGGCUGGGAAAACAGAGACCUCCACGUGACUCUGAUGGGGAGGAGAACCAGGCUCUGCUGAGAGGUGAAGGUGAAAUGGGCCCCAGGCACAGUGUGGGGGCCACAGACCACAUAUCACGAACAAGCAGCGCAUCGUCCCUGUCCUCAGACAAUGGCAGCCAGCGCUCACUGAGCCCCACUUCUGCAGAUCGCAGUCAACAGACAAGGCGUUUGAAGCCAAUGACAUCAGCGAUACAGCAGUCAGCACUAAAGGCACAGGAUUUCCAGUUGUGUCUAACAGUGAUUGAAGCACGGCAACUGGCUGGUCUGAACAUGGACCCAGUUGUCUGUAUUCAGGUGGGAGACCAGAAGAAGUACACAAGUGUGAAGGAGAGUACCAACUGCCCAUAUUAUAAUGAGUACUUUGUGUUUGACUUCCAUAUGCCUCCAGUGAUGUUAUUUGAUAAAAUAAUCACAUUAUCAGUUCUACAAUCAAGAAACUUUCUCAGAUCAAACAAAAUGUUGGGCAGCUUUAAAUUAGAUGUGGCAACAGUUUGGGCCCAGCCAGAUCAUCAAUUCUAUCACAAAUGGGCUCUCCUGACAGACCCUGAUGAUAUUGCGGGAGGACCAAAGGGCUACCUGAAAUGUGACAUCAGUGUAAUUGGGAAAGGUGACUCAGUCAAAGUUCCACCUAAAAGUGAGAAGGAUGAGGAUGAUAUUGAAGCGAACCUGUUGUUACCAGAUGGAGUGCCAGUGGAGCGGCAGCGAGCUCGUUUCAUUGUAAGAGUGUAUCGAGCUGAUGGGUUGCCAAAAAUGAACUCUUCCAUUGUUGCAAAUGUGAAGAAAGCCUUUACUGGUGAGGUGAAGGACCUGGUGAAUCCAUAUGUGCAAGUCUCCUUUGCUGGUCUUACUGGCAAGACAAGUGUGAAAAAGAACAGUUAUGCUCCUGUGUGGAAUGAACAGCUAGUUUUUACAGAAAUGUUCCCUCCACUUUGUCAGCGUAUAAAGCUGCAGCUCCGUGACAAUAACCCUGUCAAUAACACUGUCAUUGGGACCCAUUUCAUUGACCUGAAGAAUAUUUCCAAUGAUGGAGAGAAGGGAUUUCUGCCAACAUUUGGCCCCACAUUUAUCCACCUAUAUGGAUCAACAAGGGACUACAGUCUUAUCGAUGAGCAUUCAAACCUCAAUACAGGUUUGGGAGAGGGAGUAUCUUAUAGAGCCCGUCUUCUUGUGGCCAUUCGCACUGAAAUCACAGACAACAUUGACUUUGCACCAUCAGAGGUAGAAGUGGAGCCUACAUUCCCAAUCAAUGAGACAUCCUAUGGAAAGAACGAAGAAUUCUUUUUAUUUGCUACCAUUAUUGAUGCCACUAUGAUAGACAAAAAACUUGGAGAUAAACCUCUUUACUUUGAAGUCAGUAUUGGUAAUGCGGGAAACUCUCUGGAUGGCCACAAUGAAACAUCAAAGGACCUUACUGAAUCAGACAAUGACGAAAAUCUAGAAACAGUAACUACAGACUCCCUGUCAUGGCAAAGCACCACAUCACCUGCCAAACCAAUGACUAAUGACCAUAUGUAUUACUUCUUGCCAUAUUGGGAUGACAAGCCUUGCAUGCAUGUGCGUUCAGUGUGGCCUGACUACAGGAGGCGCAUGUACAACUCCAAUAUCAUAGCCAGGAUUCUGGACAAAUUGGAAGAAGGCCUGUCAGAGGCGCACUCCCUCAGUGAACUGGAGGAUCCAAAUGCGGAGAAGACGCUGCGGUCAGUUUUGGAAGAGCUAUCCAUAAGUUGUGCUCGCUUUGUGUCCAUAACAAAAGGAAAUGGAUCAGGUGCUGGGCUGGGGAGAACGAAGCUUGACAAGGAACGUCUUAAGCUCUGUCAAAGAGAAAUUGAACAAAUAGGCAACAUGGCCAGAAACUUGAAAGCUCUGGUCACCAAACGUUCAUUCAGGGACAGAUACAAGACAGCACAGACAUACCUCCAAAAGCUGAAGUUCCUCGUUGAAGAUCCUCAACCAUCUAUGCCUGAUGUGUUUAUAUGGGUAAUAAGUUCUGGAAAAAGGACAGCAUACCAGCGCAUCCCAUCCCGGGACCUCAUCUACUCAAUUGUCGAUGAAGAGAGUGGUCGGGAUUGUGGAAGAAUACAUACAUUGUUCCUUAAGCUGCCAGGAAAACGAGGUAUGGGGCCCAGUGGUUGGACAAUCCAGGCCAAACUGCAGAUUUAUAUGUGGCUGGGGCUUGUCAAGCACAAGAAGAAUUUUGUGAAUGGCUUGCCGAAAGGCUAUGAGGUGUCUCAUGAAAUUAGAAAUGCUGAGCGACCUCAUGCCCUUCCACCAUCAGUGAUCCACUAUACAGAAAAACAUUCAUUUCAACUACGUGCACACAUGUACCAGGCACGUUCACUAAUUGGGUCAGAUGCUUCUGGAUUAUCAGACCCUUUUGCCCGAGUCAUUAUUGGCGAGUACUGCAAGGUGACUCAGGUGAUUGACGAAACGUUGAGUCCUACCUGGGAUGAAUUGCUUAUCUUUGAUGAGAUUCUUAUCUAUGGGACCAGGGAGGAAAUCAAGACUGAUCCACCUUCCAUAAUCAUUGAGAUUUUUGACCAGGAUAAAGUGGGUAAAUCUGAGUUCAUUGGACGGACAGUGGCAAAACCACAUGUGAAGUUAGCAGAGGAGGCCUAUGCCAAACCAUAUUUUCCUCCCUCCCUCGAGUGGUAUGAGCUGACACGUGGACCAGACCAUGCAGGAGAGUUGCUUGCGACAUUUGAACUGUUACAGCUGCAAGCGCCAUCUGACUCAGCUGGCCUGCCAUCGCUACCUGAACCAAAGCAAACAUUAGAGACAACCCUAGAGACUGAUGUAGGAACCAUACUUCCUGUUCCAAGAGGUAUUCGCCCCACACUAGCUAAAUACAGAAUAGAAGUGCUCUUCUGGGGUCUCCGUGACUUAAAACGGGUACAUCUGAUGACUGUAGACAAACCAAGAGUAGACAUUGAAUGUGCAGGACACAUCCUCUACUCAUCUGUAAUACAGAACGCCAAGAAGAACCCAAAUUUCAGCACACCAGUCAAGUUUCUAGAACUGGAAUUGCCAGAGCAGGAGCUAUAUAGGCCACCUCUUACAAUACGAGCUGUGGACUGCCGCAGUUUUGGUAGAUAUACACUAGUUGGUACACACAUGAUAAAUUCUAUACAUAAAUAUAUGUACGUGCCAAUGACAAAGCGAGAAAGGGAAGCUGAGGAACGAAAGAAACCUUUACAGCAACUACAGAACUCUGAUCCCAAUAAUGCACAUCAGAUGACGCCUGGAAAUUUUGUUGUUGUUGACAGCGAUAAUAGAGAAGCAAGUCCUUUGUUGCCAAAGAAUACACCAAUCACCUUGGACUACGGGACAGGACAACCUGCUACUAAGAAGGAACUAAAGACCGAAGCUAACAAGAAGCGGAAACAGAGCUUACCAGAGGAGGUAGACAAUGAUGAAUCAAGUCGGGAUUGGUGGACAAAGUAUUUUGCAUCCAUAGAGGCAAUGAUUGAGGAAAGCAAAGAGGCACGCAAGGAAAUGGCACAGAUGCAGAACCAGCAAAAUGGCAUGUUGCCUAUCUACCUGGAAGAUAACUCAGUGGCCGCUGGUACAGCAGCACUGCAGGAAACAAAGCGUGAGCUCUCAUGGACUGGGAGUGAAAAGAGCGUUGAGAAAAAGAAGCACACUCUGAAGGGUGUAUCUACAACUGCUAAGUUGGUUGCUCGUCUCAGUCCAAAGAGCUUGCGCAGGAAGACAGAACAGAGAACUGCACUCAUGAAGAUCUAUCCUAAUGAGUUGGAGAUGCAGCAAGAAUACAACGGAUUCAAGGAGUGGCUCCAAACUUUUGAACUAUACCGAGGCAAGAAAACUGGAGAUGACUUGGAAGAUGAGAGCAGAGUUGUAGGAAUAUUUAAGGGUUCUAUCAAAGUUUACAAAUGGCCACUCCCUAAAGACAUUGAGGACCAUACAAUUAUGGGAUUUGACCCACAGUACGGGUUUUUCCAAGGACUCCCAUCCAAUGAUCCCAUUCAUGUCCUGGUUCGUGUGUAUGUAGUAAAAGCAAAUGACCUGCACCCAAUGGACCUCAAUGGCAAAGCAGAUCCUUAUGUUGUACUGCAGCUUGGCUCCAAGAGAAUCAGUGACAAGGAACACUACAUCUCUAAACAACUAAAUCCUGUAUUUGGCAGAUGCUUCGAAAUUGAAGCAACAUUUCCUCAGGACUCCAUGCUGACAGUACAGAUUCUGGACUGGGAUUUGGUUGGUUCAGAUGAUAUGAUAGGAGAGACUCGCAUUGAUCUGGAGAACCGGUUCUACAGUCGUCACAGGGCCACAUGUGGCAUUGCUCGCAAAUAUGAAGACUUUGGAUAUAACCAGUGGCGAGACCCAAUGAAACCAACUCAGAUACUUGCAAAGUUGUGUAAGGAUGGAAAGAUAGAUAACCCCUCUUACAGCAAUGGUAAAGUGAAAGUUGGACGUCAGACAUUCUUCCUACAAGCAGAUGAUAGUGACUGCAAUUUGAACACCAAAGGUCUGGAAGAGCACAUGGCGCUGGCUGUCCUCCAUCGAUGGCACGAGUUCCCACGAAUUGGCUGCCAACUUGUCCCAGAGCAUAUUGAAACCCGACCACUUUACAACCCUGAUAAGCCUGGCAUAGAACAAGGAAAACUAGAAAUGUGGGUGGAUAUGUUUCCUAUGGACAUGCCCCUUCCUGGACCAGCUCUGGACAUCUCUCCUAGGAAACCGAAGGCAUAUGAACUGCGCAUAAUUAUAUGGAACACAGAUGAGGUGGUGCUGGAAGAUGAUGCAUUCUUCACUGGAGAAAAGAUGUCUGACAUUUAUGUGAAAGGGUGGCUCAAAGGACCGGAAGAUUGUCAGUGCACUGAUAUCCACUAUCGCUCACUGACGGGUGAGGGAAACUUCAAUUGGCGGUUCAUUUAUCCCUUUGACUAUCUAGUAGCUGAAGAGAAAAUUGUAAUCUCAAGAAAGGAGUCUCUCUUCUCUUGGGAUGAAACAGAAUGCAAGAUUCCCGCUCGUCUGGAGCUUCAGGUAUGGGAUGCAGACCACUUCUCAGCUGAUGACUUCUUAGGCGCCAUCACACUAGACCUGAACCGUUUCCCUCGGGGUGCCAAGUCUUCCAAACUCUGCACCUUAGACAUGCUCAGGACUGAUGGAUCUGUACCAAUGGUGAGCAUAUUCAAGCAGAAGAGGGUGAAGGGAUGGUGGCCAUUCUAUGUCAAGAAAGAAAAUGAAGAAGUGGAGCUUACGGGGAAGGUAGAAGCUGAGCUUCAUCUUCUAACACAUGAGGAAGCAGAGAAGAACCCAGCAGGACUUGGUCGCAAUGAACCUGAUCCUCUUGACAAACCCAAUCGGCCAGAUGCAUCCUUCAUGUGGUUCCUGAACCCUCUGAAGUCAAUCCGGUACAUUGUGUGGCAUAACUACAAGUGGGCCAUCCUCAAAAUCUUGGCUGUGCUAGCCUUGGCAGUUGUGUUGCUGCUCUUCUUCUAUUCAGUUCCAGGUUACACCGUCAAAAAGCUACUGGGUGCUUGAAACUAUGGCCCCAACAUGCAUAUAGCAGUCAUAGUGGCAAGUCAACAACUAUUGCUAGCCAUCACAAGGGCCACUGUAAUAUCAAGCUGGAUCAAACAGUAUGCCUAUGUAUGUCAGAUACUCCCUCACAAUAUGCAAAAGCACUGUUUUAGCAACAUAGGCUGUAAGUGACAACCAGUAAUGAGGUCUGCUGUGUAUUUCAGAGGGCUAAUAGAAAAACUGGAAAGUUGUUGCACAAUUCUGAAAGAAACUGGGCAACUUUCCAGAAGAAGGCUGUAGAAAAAGUAGCCCAACUCUUUAUCAGCCAUUAAGGUAUAUAACAAGCUUAAUCUCAUGGAUCUCAUUACUUUUUGAAGAUUUUGACAAGGUUCUCGAUAUCAGGACCUGAUCAAAAAAUUCAUAUACUGUAUCACACCUGAAGACAGUUGUCUGACCUCUAAUGAGACUGGGCCAUGUUUUCUGACCGUCACAAUUUAGGGUCACCAUCCUAAUAUGAGGUUGAAGUGAAUUCAUUCAAAGGUCAUGAGUAAAAACCUGAUGUACGUUCACAUAGCUGCUGGCAGCAACAGACCUGCAUACAAUUGUGUGCUAAGUCAGGUCAGCAUCAUGACCUGGACCAGUCACUAAUUAACUGAACCUCAUAUUAUUGUACAUAAAAGCAAGGUUAGACCAUGGCUCUGUGAUAUGUUGAGCAUUAUGGAUGGCAGUGUACAUCCAUGAUUGAUGUUUGUAAUAUGAACUGUAGUGCCCUUGGCCACAGUAAGGGGAAGUUAAACAGUUACUGGCAGCUAGAGAGAGGCAGUCAGAGGGCCAAAUCAAUGAUGGCCGUGGUUCUGGAUGUGUAAUCUGCAAAUAAGCAUGCUGAGCCCCUUAGAGGCAAUAAUAAAAGCCUUCCAAAUUUUUCAGAUUUGGAAAUAUACUAUAAUCUAAUGUUCUUGUGCUUUAAAGUCUUGCGGACCUGUUGGACUCAGUCCAGUAUUCACAAUAUGAUAUUGCAUUGCAAUGCUGGACUCUGUUUAAGAAAACCAACAGUCUUAAAAUUUGCAGAAAAGAACUGAAGCUGCCAGUAGUUGUUUGUCAUGUGUUCAUGCCAGUCAGACUCAAGGGGGAUUCUUUGUUGUCAGUCACAUAUUUAAAAAUCGUGUCCAUGAAUGAAGACUGGUGGAAUGCACUGUAUUUUUAAAUUGUAACAAAAUAAAACAAUGCGGUUUUUUCUGUCAAAAUUACUGCUAACAAAGCAGUAAUUAUUAUUUCCCUUUUACUUAAAUUAUUAUUAUCAUUAACUGUGCACCACAGGUUUAAUUGGUCAUUUCUGUAAUUACAUAACAAUCCCACAAAAUUAGAUUUUUUGUAAAUUGUUAUGUGCUAUUCCUUAUUUCAUGGACCAUCAUUACGCCCAAAGUAAUAAUCUUUACUGAAGUAAAUCAAAUCAGAACACUGAUAAUAUUCUUAAAUUUAGAGCACAUAUAAUCUACAUAGUUUUUUCCAUUUUCUUUAUUAAAACCGUCACAACACAACUAUAUUAAGGUCAGUGCCUAGUUUGGCUCUGUGAU